UGCAAACCGGGUAUCUGUCAAUUUAUCAUUCGUACUUACAAAAUUGUUCGUUUUUGUGCAGCUAUUGACUUGUGGCGUAACAAGGAGCGAAUAUUUUCUCGAAAACAAUUCUAUUAUUACAGCCAUGGCAAUCUCUCCAAGUGCAAUUCGCAGUCAGCUUGCAGCGUUGACCAAUUCGUCGGGGAUACACAAAGAACAAGCUGACAAAUAUCGUGCUUUGCUGGAGCAAAUUCUGUUAAAUACUGGUAACGAAUUAGUGGACACAUUAAAAAUAUUCAUCGAAGCGAUCGUUAAUGAGCAUGUAAGCUUGGUUAUUUCUCGGCAAAUACUAUCAGAAGUUAGCACUCAUCUAACAAAAUUGCCCGAUGAUAUUUCGAAAGCAGUCUCACAUUUCACCCUUGAUAAGGUACAACCUCGAGUGAUCUCAUUCGAAGAACAAGUUGCUUGUAUCCGGCAGCACUUGGCUCAAAUCUAUGAGCGAAACCAAAACUGGAAAGAGGCUGCAAAUGUGUUGGGUGGAAUCCCGCUGGAAACCGGUCAAAAACCCUAUUCACUGGACUACAAACUGGAAACGUACCUCAAAAUUGCGCGUCUUUACUUAGAGGACGAAGAUCCGGUACAGGCGGAGGCAUUCAUCAAUCGUGCUUCUAUCCUGCAAGCGGAUACGAAGGAUGAAAAAUUACAGAUUCUGUACAAGGUUUGCUAUGCCCGUGUUCUUGACUAUCGCCGUAAGUUUAUUGAAGCUGCCCAACGAUACAACGAACUAUCUUAUCGUACCAUUGUGGAUGAGGGUGAACGAAUGACAGCUCUCAAGAAAGCACUGAUUUGUACCGUGUUGGCUUCGGCAGGACAACAAAGAUCACGUAUGUUAGCUACUCUCUUCAAGGAUGAACGUUGCCAACAUUUGCCGGCAUAUUCGAUUUUGGAAAAAAUGUAUUUGGAUCGUAUAAUUCGUCGAUCAGAGCUGCAGGAUUUUGAAGCUCUGCUUCAAGCUCAUCAGAAGGCAUCAACCAUUGAUGGGUCCACAAUUCUCGAUCGCGCUGUGUUUGAACACAAUUUGCUGUCGGCUAGUAAACUGUACAACAACAUUACUUUUGAUGAGUUGGGUUCGCUGUUGGAGAUAGCACCACCCAAAGCGGAACGAAUUGCAAGUCAAAUGAUCACUGAAGGACGCAUGAACGGUUACAUCGAUCAGAUCGAUGGUGUUGUUCAUUUCGAAACUCGAGAAAUUCUGCCGCAGUGGGAUAAACAAAUACAAAGUCUCUGCUAUCAAGUGAAUGGUUUGAUCGAAAAAAUAAGCGCAGCCGAGCCGGAGUGGAUUGCCAAGAUUAUGGAUGAGGAAAUGUGCACUUGAGUGAAGUGAAUGAAUUGAAACAAUACAGUACAGUCGAUUAAAGGAUUUAAUAUUAAUAAAACUACAACAUUAGGGUCUGAUGUUUUAGAUGAUUCUAUAUUAAAACAAUCCGUGAAACGCGAUAAAGCUGGUAUCACGGUGUCUAGUGAUUUUUUGAAA